AUGGAUUUCAAUUUUGAAUGACUUGAUAAUGAUCCUAUAGAAACCAUAGAAUCUCCUAACUCCAUCAGGUCAGAAGAAGAGAUUUCUAAAUGAAGCACUGAGGAAAAUUUGACAGAAGUUCGAAGAGCAAUAACCAUAUUAAACAAAGGCUUCCCAUCUCAAAAAUUGUCAAUAUUAAGCAAUCUUCACAAAAUAUUAACUGAGUCUAUGAAUGAGAAAUUAAUUGAAAUCAUAAAUGUACACGUUAUAUAGAGUGAAAUACUCUCAUGAGCAGAAGAUAUGCAAGUUGAAACAGGCAAAAGCUUAAGGCUGGCAAUUGAAAAUGAGUCUUACCCAAUCCAGAAUAUCUCAAUAAUCUCUGAAAUCUGUAUAUCCAUUCUCAGUCUAUGGUCUUCCAAAAUCCACGAAGCAUGAGUACCUGUUUUUGAAGAAAUCAUAAAAAAAGCCCCAUCAGACCUGGUAGCCCGUUUAUUUAUCCCAGCUUGCAUUGAAUUUUCUGAAUACUCACAACCAGAAGGUCUAAGAAAAUCAAUUACAAGCAUGAUAGGAUUUUUAGCUGAAAAAUCCGAAAAUUAUAUCACAGACGAUUUGCUAAAAAGAGUGUUUUUGUUAGCCCAAGACCCAAGCCACGAGAUACGAGAAUCCAUGGCUAAAAAUUUGCAUAAAAUCUGUAGAGCGCUUGGAGAAGAAAAAACAGAAAAUUUAAUUUUUGAAGAAAUAGCCAAAUUAGCUGAUGAUGAAGAGCCGACUGUAAGAAGUGAAGCCAUGGGACUUUUAAUAGAAAUUGUGGAUAUGCUGCCAUUUGAUUUUACAAUAAAUAAUGUUUUACCGAUAUUGCAAAGAGAAUUAACUCAGCCAAGCAGCAGGGCUGUAAAAAGAGAAUUAGCCAAGAGAUUUGGACAGAUGAUAGUAAAGCUUGAAGGAGAGCUGCAAGAAGAGGAUUUCAAAAGAAAUGCUUUUAGGUUCUAUAGAACAAUGUGCAGUGACGAAGAUGAGUUUAAAAGACUCGCUGCUAUAAAUUUCCCAGGAGUCUUAAUGACUCUUGGCCCUCAGGAGUUCAAUUUUGAACUAAAUGGGAUUCACAGCAAGCUCUGCAUGGAUCCUGAUGAUGAUACGAGGAGUAUUAUGGCGACGAGCCUGCAUGAAAUCGCAAAAAUACUAGGGGAAAAAUCAUUGCAAUUAGAAGAAACCUUAUUCUACUUGCUUCUAGAUAAUGUGAAAUGGAAAUUAUUGGUAAACUUAGAUGUUGUCCUAUCUUUUAUGCAUAGCGAUGAAAUAAAGCAUAAAGUCUAUGAAGAAAUGUGUGGAUUUUUAGCAAAAGUUAAAAACUCUAGAUUUCAAAUGAUGCUAUUAAAUUCGCUUAAAAAAGUGCUGAAGUUUUUCAAAGUAAACGAAUUUAUACUGGAAAUUUUUCCAAUCAUGAUAAAUUUUAUGAAGGCUGGAGCUUGAAAUGUAAAAAAUAAAGCAGCUGAAAUUGCGGCUGAGAUUAUAAAACUGGUUUAAUGCCAAAUGGCCUGCAUUUUUGAUAUAGUGCGACAUUUCCUAUGGGAAAAUUUGUUCGAAGCAUUCUUGACACUGAGACAUUUGAUCGAAAAACUGUUAAAUUUCGACAAAUGGUAGCUAUUUAAAAAUUUUCUUAGAUGGUACGAUCAUUAGACCUGCACCCUAUAAAACUUACUUAUUAUAAAGACAAGAAGAAUGAACUUUGCCAAACUUGCAUCCAAACAUUAUGCAAUUCACCAAAAUCCACUGACAGAAUAAUCUUUAUCGAACUCUCCAUUGGCAUAUAUAAAUCAUGCUCAAACUUUUUCUUCAAAAAGCACUUCCUUCAACCAAUUUUAUCAUUAGAAAAAGACCCAAUCAAAUCAGUCAAAAUAAAAAUUGCUCAAAGCUUGCCAAAAUUUAGAAAAACUCUAUUAGAAGAAGAUAUAGAUCUAACUCCCUCUCCAUAUGCUAGAAAAACUCAAUUUUUUGAAAAUAAAUUUCCUGAGUGAGAAAAAUUUUAUAAAAUAUUUGGUAUGUUGCUAUAAUUAUUAUCAUUACCUAAUACUGUUGAAAAAAAAAAAACCGCUUGAAUUCUAAACAUAAAUUUUGUAAAUUAAAUUAAUUUUUUUUGAACAUUUUAAAUCUCAAAAUAUUCAAUUUUUAUAAAAUAUUAGCUCUUUAUAAUCGAGCAAAAUUUUAUUUUUCUCUCACACAGGGUGAGUAAGCAAGAAAAUAAGCAAUAUAUUAGAAUAUUUAGCUGAAGACCCAAGCAAAACUAUCCAAGAUAUUGCGAUUAAUUCUCAGAUGAAUAUUAUGAGUAUCGGAUAUUACAAAAAAUUAAGCUCUCAAAAAUAUGUCAAUAGAGAAAGAGAGAAGAAAAAAUACGAAGAUUCGCAAGAAAUUCAAGAAAUAAAAGAAGCUGAAGAGCUUAAAAAGAAAGCUGUUGAUGACUUGACAAAUAAAGCAAGAGUUGCAUAUACAAUGGCUCAGAGGCUUAAAAAUGCAUCAAAUCCAAGGAUUUAUUCAUCAACUUCACCACUUGCAGGAAGAAAUAGAAUGGAAAGGAAAAGUGUUGUGGGGAAAAUUGAUGUGCCAAAGUCUCCAUUAAGAGCUGGAUCGCAAUUAGACAGGUUAAGAAGAGGAAGCCCUUUGUUAUUAACCUCAAGGAAAAAUAAGGUUAGUAGAUAA